AUGAUGUCAAACACCUGGCACAGUGCAGUCUCGCAUGCCCAUCUCACCGACGUCGAGUCCCAGGAAAAUUCUAAGAGAAUAUGCGAUUCCAACCACGAUCUCAGCAGUCGUUAUCGCGGAGAUAUAUCUCCUGGCAAUUCUGCUGGCACUGAUGAGUACAGCCAUGGUGUUCCAUCGACUCCGAGCAAGGUGGUCAACUUCCCACGCGCCGCGUAUAUUGAAGAAACUGGAACAAGAGCUGGUGAUGCGAAAAAACAGCCAAAGUUUACUGUUGCGAGUCAGUUGCGGGCUACGAUUCUGAAUUCCUGGAUCAAUGUGCUUGUUCUCGCUGCGCCGGCUGGUAUUUCGUUGCACGUUGUCAAGGGAAAUCCAAUUGCCAUCUUCGUCGUUAACUUCAUUGCGAUUAUCCCACUGGCCGCGAUGCUGAGUUAUGCGACCGAAGAACUCGCUCUGCGAACGGGCGAGGCAAUUGGAGGAUUGUUGAAUGCCUCCUUUGGAAAUGCGGUAGAGUUGAUCGUUGCUAUUAUCGCGCUGGCCAAGGGAAAUGUUCAGAUCGUGCAGACUUCGCUGAUUGGAAGCAUGCUCUCGAACCUGCUGCUUGUUUUGGGAAUGUGUUUCUUCUUUGGUGGUAUCGAUCGUGUCGAACAGCAUUUUAAUAUCACUGUCGCACAGACCGCAGCGAGUAUGCUCGCAUUUGCCGUGAGUAGCUUGAUCAUCCCCACUGCCUUCUGUAUAUGGCCCACCACCACCGACGUGGACAAAACCGCCAGUCUUUCCCGAGGAAUCAGCAUUCUUCUCCUGAUCACUUACGGUUGCUACCUGUUCUUCCACCUGAAAUCCCACGUCGACAUAUACAGCCGCCCUGGACGCAAAGUCGAAAGACGCCACAAAAAGAUUCACCGAGGCGACACGAGGCGCGGAAUCGCUCAGGUGGCCAGAAUUUCUGCUGUACUCAUGGGUGGAAGCGUGCGCCAAAUCCAGAUGCAAGACCCACAUAACGAGCCUGAGCAGCCACAGCUGACCAUCCUGGUCGCAUUGAUUACGCUAGGCGUUUCAACUACGCUUGUAGCCUUCUGUGCAGAGUUCAUGGUUAGCUCCAUCGAUGCACUCACCGCCACUGGUAGCAUUGGUGAGACGUUUGUUGGGCUGAUUCUUCUUCCCAUCGUCGGCAAUGCAGUAGAGCACGCUACCGCCGUGACAGUUGCUUGCAAGGAUAAAAUGGACCUUGCAAUAGGUGUAGCCGUGGGAUCAAGCAUGCAAAUUGCGCUACUAGUUCUGCCUCUGAUUGUCGUUAUUGGCUGGAUCAUGGAGGUUGAAGACAUGACGCUCAACUUCCAAGCUUUCCAAAUCGUCGUCCUCUUUGUAGCUGUCCUGCUUGUAAACUACCUCAUUUCGGACGGCAAGUCUCACUGGCUUGAGGGUGUCUUGCUUAUGAUGAUGUAUCUGAUUAUUGCUAUUGCUGCUUGGUUUAUGAACUAA